GAAAAAAAAUUGAGAAAACGAAGACAAACAAGCCUGAUGAAGAAGAUGAUGAUGGAGAAUUGAGGUUGAGGUUGAAGUAACAUGUCACUGACAUUGAGAAUGUGUUCUGUUGGUUCACCUUUUCUGCAGUUAGGUUCUACUUCUACUGCACAAGCAUGCUCCAUUUCCAAACUGGGUUUUCAAUUUCAUCCUCUGCGUUUUCAACUCAAUAGAAACUCAUCCCCUACAAGGUUUCUGAUUCGGGCUGCAAGAACUGAGUCUAAAGGUGUUACCUUGGGCUUCAGAGCACCCCAAUUUCAGCUUCCAGAGCCUCUUACUGGGAAGGUUUGGACAUUGGAAGAUUUUGAAGCACAUCCAGCUCUUCUGGUUAUGUUUGUAUGCAACCACUGUCCAUUUGUUAUACACCUGAAAAAAGACAUUGUCAAGCUUACAAAAUUCUAUAUGAAGAAAGGACUUGCUGCCAUUGCUAUAUCUUCAAAUUCUGUAGCUACACACCCCCAGGAUGGGCCAGAAUUCAUGGCAGAAGAUGCUAAGCUGUUUGAUUACCCCUUCCCAUACCUAUAUGACGAGUCACAGGAUGUUGCCCGAGAUUUUGGAGCCGUUUGUACGCCAGAAUUUUACCUUUUCAAAAAGGAUGGUCGAAGACCAUUUGAGCUGGUUUAUCAUGGUCAGUUUGAUGAUUCACGGCCAAGUAAUAAAACACCAGUCACUGGAAGAGACUUGAGCAUGGCAAUAGAUUGUGUUCUGAGUUGCCAGCCGGUACCAUCAGAGCAGAAACCGAGUGUUGGAUGCAGCAUAAAGUGGCACCCAGAGAAUAAGUUUUGAUCUGUAAAUUGUGAUUAUCUAUGUCAAGCAUCUGUUUACAGGGUAUGUCAUGUCAUUUAAGUUGAGCAAUACGAGAUUGAAUUCAGUCAGAUGAGGUUCCAGUCUCCCUAUUCCUUGUUUCUUAUGUUGUAAUUAUUAAGGAAACCUGUCUAGCAACCCUUCUGGAAUACAAACUUAUAUAUGCUGAUUUUUGGUAAAAUAGUUAUAAUGAUUUCUAAUAUGUAGA